GAGAGGGAGAGGGGAGAGGGACAUUGCAGUUGCUUAUUGCCAUUGACUGGAACAUCAGUCAAGAUCAUGUAGAGACCUCUACGCUGUGCAUCUUGCAACCGGUGUCAUUUAGAGACCUCUACGCUGUGCAUCUUGCAAGCAGUGAAACGUCCAGUUCAGUUGUUCAUUGACUAUACAAUGGCAAGUUGCCUAUGUGUGUUGGAAAAUGGUUCAUCAACAAACCAGCUAGCUCCAGUCCAUUUGACCACCUUAGAUGGCAAGAAAAUACGCCAAAUCUCUGCUGGGAGAACACACAGUGCUGCUUGGACUGCCCCACCAUCCCCUCGAUGUUCUCCUGGGCAGUUUCGUCUUGUUCAACUUGGACUUCCAUCUGUUGUACCUGCCCAAUAUGCUGCACUUGUGGAAGUGCAGCCAGAAGUGAUACAGGCAAGUCCUUCAUCGUUUUUCGGCCCUGAUGAUGUCAUCAUGGAGGCUUCUCAAUUUUUCAAGUUACCAGGUAAAGGGUCGAUAUUCAGAACAAUUGUUGUAUUUGUCAACAGGAGACUGUCUAGGAACAGUGUCAGCAUCCAGGUGUGCAGGCCAUGGUUAAUGGUCGUGUCAGAGGUCUCCUUACAUCAAAUGUGCACCGUGCUCCCAUUGCGAGAGCAAUCAGUGUAACGAUGGUUCAGGGCAAGAACCAUGGACCUCUAAUCUCUGUGGUAGGAUACCAACAAGGUAUCGGACUUCUCUGCCUGUUGUGCACUGUAGGGUGUUGGCAUCUAUGAUGGAUCAAUUUGUGUCUCGACUGGUUUGAAAUCAGCUGCAUUCUAUGUAAUUUAUCAACCUGUUUCAGUAUGUGUUUACACUGUUUCUGACUCUGAAUUACGCCCAAGCUGCUUUAAAACAAUCAACAGUGAGUUGAUGGAUGACUUGGCCACCUAUUGGGCUGGUGUCUUGUGUUGCAUCAUGCUGCAGCAAGUAGAGUCAGACGUGUUCGACGUUUGGGUGUGUUAAGUCCAUGCAGCACAUGCAGCAAUCGGUACGCUGGUUUGCUAAAGUUUUCACGUACGUUUUCAUUGUGCAACAACUCAACAGGUAUGGUGGACGUCUUGGUCGCUUCAGUCUCCAGCUGGGCGUACACAAAUCAUGCGAAAUCUCACCCCUGCAGCAGAGAAGGCAACUGCUUAACCAGAUAUGAAAUGGAAACACGUCAAGAGUCCUGAAUCAGUUUAUAGUUCAUAACACACACACACACACACACACACACACACA